AUGGGCGAGAGUGAAGAUAUAACCACCCGCCUACCUAUAUCAUCACACUUCUGCCCACUAGGCACCCAAAGUUACUGCUGCCCGUUGGAACACCACAGCAUCCACGAAUCCUCCAAUACACUCCUGUUGCUUGCUUGCUACAUCCUCACCCGCUCCCUCCCUCCCUCUCCCGCCGUCUUUGCCCGCCGCCCGCGCUUGAACCACCCGCUCGUCGCCUCGUCGUCUUCGUCGUCGUCGGCCGCCCAGCCCAGCACACUACCUGCCUGUACCCACUCCCCAAACCGACCCGUCGUCGCUCUCCCGCUGCUAUACAUAUGCCAAAGACACAAAGUGCCAUCGCUAGUCCUCCGCCUCGCCGCCGUAUCGUCAUUGGGGCGCAUCUGCUGUCCCCUCCGAGGCCCAUGCGUCCCCCUCUGUAGUCCCAACAUAUCUGCUACUCCCCGCGACUCAGUCCACAAUAUUGCCCUCGCCCCGAGCGAGUCGCAGCUGGCCUGCUGCCCGUCCCUAUUCCACCACUGCCAAACCCGCUAGAAAGCCACCGAAGCAAUCCUGAACCCUUCCGCCCUACCAUGGCGCGCCACAAGGGCUCCAAGUUCUCCUUUCCCUUGCCCGGUCGCAAGUCUCACCCCAAGUUGGUCGAAAGCGUCGUCGUCGACCGUGAUAACACCAACAGCAUCCAUGGCCGCCCCACCGUCCCUCCCACUCCCACCUCCUACUCCUCCGCCGGAUCCCACCAGCAGCCUUCGCCCUCCCUCUC